AUGGUCUCGCUAUUUGGCUGGGGCUCAAGCCCAAAACCCGAGUCGAGCCAGGUCACACCAGAAGAAAAGCCAACACCCGAACCCACAACUCCAGCACCACCAGCACAAACACAAUUAGCACAACCAGCCUCUCCUCAAACAAACACAAACCUCAAACUCUUCUUCGGAGGAAUGACUUUCUUCGCGCUUUCGGUAUUAGUCACACGUCGCGCUUUCCAUAAGAAACGCAUUGCGUGCAUCCCGCCUUUCUACACAAGCUCGGUAUACCACCAGCCCCACUCGAACUCCGCGGGCGAUGCGUUCGAGGCUCUGAAUCUGGCUACUCUGAAUGUGAUCUCAUUUGGACUGAUGGCUGGCGGUGCGGUUGGGUAUGCGCUGAAUAUUAAUGGGCUUGAGGAUAUGCGGAGAUUCGUGCGAAAUGGGUUGCAGGGUGGUAGCGAUACGCCUGUGAAGAGUGAUGAGGAGCUUGAGGAGGAAGUUAGUCAGUGGGUUUCGAAGAUCCUUGGUGAUAAGUUUGAGAAGCAGUUGGAAAAGGAGAAGAUGAAGAGGGGACUCGGUGAGGAUAAGGCGAGUCAGGACAAGGCGAACUGA